AUGAAGAAAUUGGAGUGCACCACCCUUCAAGGGGCCAAGGCUGACGCACCGAAACACGAAGUGAAAGGCCCUGAGCCGCCUGCUGUACGUGCCACGACCACGGUACGUGUGACAAUGGUCAAAGAAUUCAUGACAGAUGCGCAAUGGAGGACAGCCCCCCAGCGGCCCGGCGCCGUGGCGACUGGAGAUCUCGAUAAGGACGCCAUCGUGGCGGCGGAAGCCUUCUCUGAUGUCCUCGAAGCAGGAAAACUGGUAGCCCUGACUGGGUACCCCACGGUCGCCGCGGCUGGGCUGGCCCCAAUGCUCGCCGCUUCCGGAGCCCACGGUCGCUUCUACAGGGUGUUUUCGAAGGACCGUUCGGGCCCAGACACACCAGUCCGCUGGAUUGAACGGUUCGACGACGCGAACUUCGACUACUAUCGCCGCGUAGAAGCACCCGAUGGCGUGGCAGUACCUGGGGUGCACGACAUGGACGUGGAUUUGGACGCCGAGUACAUGACCGACAAACAGAAACGACAGGAACAGCACGACCAGGAGGACAUGGACUUCGACGGCCUCGCGGAGGAGACCCGGACCAUUGAGAGGGCCAAGAGAACAGCCGCACGGGAGGCGGAAGACGCUAAAGUCAUUGACAGGAUCAAGAAAGUCCGGGGUGAAGCAGCGGCAGCGCCGGCCGAACAACCAGGGACUGCAGGCCCAGCGGCCGCGCCAGCAGCAAAGGCAGCGGCUAAGCCCGCCGCGAAGCCGCCGCCCAAGCGGAAGAACCCGUUCGAAGCCAUCGACCUUGGUUCCAACGGAGGCGACUGCGGGUACCGGGCCCUGGCUGCAGGUUGGGCUCUGCUCGGGGGAGUCGCCAAGGCCACGCGGGAGAACACGCUGAACCCCGCCAAGCUCGAGAGAAUGGCGACGACCCUACGAGCGCAACUUGCACUACGUAUCAGCAACAACCAGGAGUUUUUCCAACAUUACUGGGCCCACGUACCCCUGGGGGAGGGGAAGGAAGACGGGGCUAUUCCGACCACCUGGGAGGAGUACGUCGCAGCGUGUAAAAGACCGAAGCGGUGGAUCGACGGGCUGUCCUACCAGGCGGCAUGCGACCACUUCAACCGACACAUCUACAGCUACACAGGGGUGGGUGCUCAGCUCAACGACGUCAACUGGGUAGACAAGGUAACUUGGAUCCCACAAUCUCCGGACGCACAGCGAGCAGCACUACUGCAGCCCCCCCUCCACGUGGGUUGUUACACUUUACUGCCAGACGACGGCACCAGGCACAAGAAGGAGACCAAACGACCGAGCAAGGCACAGCUCGAGGAACGCAUCCGCAAGAUCUGCCGACACGGACUCUUGGAUGGCGACCUUGGCCCGGACACGGUCUUCGAGGAAGCGGAAGCAACCCGACACGCCGGACUCGUGGCUCGGCGACCUGGGGCCCACAGCGACUCCACGUACGACACGACGAUCCACUCCUACCACGCCGCGCACUACGCGAAGCGCAGCAGCGACUACGCCCAAAGCCACACCGACCCGACGCUCGACGCCGAAGGGGGCCGCGAGUGGCAGCAAGGCGACACCGAAGCUACACGCCUAACGUGGACGUGCGGUUUGUGUGGCGACACGAUCACGGCACCUGUCAACACCGUGCCCCACGCGGUGGGAUGGAGUUGGAAGGGCAAGGGAAAGAAACAGACCAGGAAGACACGGAAAGUCCACCCGGACUACCACAUCACCCACGAGCGGGCGAAGCACCUACGGAAAUGGCACCCUGGGAAAAUUUGGCAAGACGCUGAUAACUACCGACCUUCAGCGGAAGUGCCGCUUCUGUCCCACGACGCGCCCGACGACAAGGUCGCAUGGACGUGCCCAGCGUGCGACAUUCGCCAGCCUUUCUCGAAAAACACAAUUACGUACAAGAAGAUCCGGCGGGAGCACCGGCUGAAGAAACACCCCGAGUACGACGACCAACAACGGAG